UUUCAGUGUAUGCUGACAAACACAGACAGGGAUUAUUUCUGCUCUGUUAAAACAUCUGAUCUGAUGCCUGGCGACGAUUAUCCAGACAUCUUCACGGACACAGAUACUUUUACAAUCUCACUCUGUCCCAACCAGAAUGCUGGAUCUAAAAGGUGCAAGGAGGUGGAUGGUGAAUACAUACCUGUAACAAACAUUAAACCAAAUGCACCAUGCUGCCUCACAGUCAGCCACAACUCAGGUCAACACCACUUCACCUGGAGAAGCACCUAUGAGGAAUAUUCGCCUUACACGUAUCUGGUCUACACCUUCAAGUAUCAGCUACAUUUCUUCAGAAGAGGAGACAAACAUGACAACAAUGAGGUGAUCUUACGUGAAAUUAGAAAAACAAACUAUUCUGUGGACGAUCAGAUCUUUGAGCUGGACACCGAGUACACUGCCAGGGUAAGGUCCAGUCCUAACAAUGUGUCUUACAAAGGAGAGUGGAGCGACUGGUCCUCUGAGGUUCACUGGAAGACGGGGCCGGCUGAUCUCCCCGGAAACACAUUUAUUACAGAGCUGUGGAAGAAGGUGUUCAUCGCCUCAUGUGUGCUGGUGCCACUCAUCCUACUUACAUGCUACGCUCUUGUAAAGAUACAGAUGCAGAGUGCAUUUAUCCCAACUCCAGCUCCCUAUUUCCACACCUUGUACUCUGAUUGCCAAGGAGAUUUCAAGAUCUGGGUGGUCACACAAGAAGGCACAGCAGACACGCUGAAAGCAGAGGCCUCGCUCCAAAUCGACACCCUGACAAAGUGUGCAGACGACCCAGAGGACGAGCUUCAGCCCCACUUUCACCACCGGCUGAUGGAGAGCAGCAUGUACAGUAACUUUGCUCUGGGGAGUCUGACCCUCUGCUAUCAGUCAGGGAGCCCAGCAGAGGGGGACUCUGGGUGCUGGCUGUGCAGCGACACCUCCAUAGAGAAGGACUCUCUUUGGUGCGGUAAUAAAUACUGCACCCUCACGCAGACUAUUCCAUUCACAGCAGGGCAUCAUGGGAGUUUGUCAACAAGCAUGGAUGCCACUGGGGAAACAUAAAGAUUAGUGUGUAUGAAGUGAGUGGAGCAGGAUAAUAGUGGGAAAUUUAGUUUAAAAUAAAGCUGGUCCCUUGAGUUUAAACUACAGACACAUGUAGUUCUUCACAACGCUGCAAUCUGCUACACCAAAUGCUUUACAAGUUUUCAUAGUGAGGUGGUGUGAAACCAGCAAAUAUGUUGUUACAGCAUUAUGUGAAAUGUAAAUGAAAUAAAUGUAUAACCUUUAUAUUACACACCCUAAAAUAAAUAGCUGUCGCAGAUUUGAGGGGAAAAAACAUUUUAGACUUAUUGCACGAGGGACUAUUUUGCCUUGUUUCUACCUGCCAUGAUCUUACUGUAUUUACUUCGUGUAAUAAAGAAAAU